AUGAAGGAGAAGGUGUUCAUGGUCCGACGGAAGAAGAAACACGAGAGGAGCUAUGGGAAGGAAUUUGAUGUCAACGGGAGAGCCGUCACUUACUACGUUCAAUAUUUUCCCCCUGAUUGGGAUGAAUCGGCGUUGUGGAAGGCUUUCAAUAGAUAUGGGGCUGUGGUUGAUGUGUAUGUCGCCAGGAAACUGAACCGACUCAACAGAAGAUUUGGUUUCGUCCGCUUCCUUAGGGUCCGGGACAUAAGAGCAUUUGAAGCGCGCCUGAACGAGAUCCUCAUCGGUGCCAAAAAGAUUCGUAUGAAUGUAGCCAAGUUCGAUAGGAAAGGUCAAGAAACCAGGGGCGAUAUCCCUGAAUUGAAAAGUAAGCUGACAACCCCACACGAAACUGCUCCCAUCCAUACGAGUGUUGACCACGGGAUAGUUAGGUCUUAUGCUGAUGCGGUGAAAGAUCCUCCUCCCACCCAGUAUAAUGGGUCGCCUGAUUGCACAAAGGCAGAGUAUAGAAGCAAGAUUAGCGCCAAGCCAUAUGAGAAGUGUAUCAGAAUGAUCUCUGCAGAAGGGUCAAAGGAAUGCAUGAACAGUACGUUGGUUGGAGAAACUGAAAACUUUCAGGCCCUCAUGAAUGUCAAGGCUUUUCCGGAAGUUGAAGGCUGCCCUACAAUCCAACUGAGGUACUUAGGGGAUUUAAAGAUGCUUCUCGAUUUUGAAAAUGUUGAGGAAAAAAAUGAUUUCCUGGUAAAAGGGGAAGCCAUUUGGAAGCCAUGGUUCAAAUCCCUCACAAACUGGUCUAUGGAGUGUAAGUACAAUGAACGAAUUGCCUCAAUAAUUAUUCAAGGGGUACCUCAACAUGCAUGGUGUGAAGAAGCUUUUAGCACUACCGCUAAGCUUUGGGGAUCAGUGGUUAUUCCGGAAGAAUGCCCAACAGACUCUCCAAAUCUAGCCUUUGGGCGAGUAGGCAUUCUCACCUCCCAUCCGGGACUAAUUAGCUCCUCUAUUCCCGUUUUUGUUGAUGGGAUUCAUUUCGAGAUUAACAUUAUGGAAGAUAUUUUUGAAUCUAUUAAGCUUAGCCCUGUCCUGGCAUCAAAUGAUUUCCACUAUUCCAAAUGGAACUGGUGGGACGAUGGUGGUCAUGAGGACGGCUGCACAGCACAGUCGGAGGAUGGCCUGAAGUCGCCGGUCUCAUCUGCGGUGUAUUCUCAUCGGAGUCAGAACUGGGAAUAUGAGGAGACGUAA